CGCCACCGAAGGUCACCUCGACAAAAGCUAGGGUCUCGAUGCCGCGGGUGCAUAGGAUGGUCAAGGCUCCAAUGACGGCGGUUCCCUCGCCUGCCUACAAGCCUGUCCGCUCCCGCCCAUUUACGAUCAUCGAGGCCGUACAGACGGGCACAUCUGUCGUGGCUGUGAAUCACCUUCGAACCCUCCCGGUGGCUAAGGCUGCUCCUACAAGUUCUCUUUCUGAGCCGAAGGUUAAGAGGGGACCCUCGCCGCUGUCCCAAUCGUUCUGGACGUCGCCCGACGAGUCGAUUCCCCGCACGCCUGCUGUCCCUGCUGUCCCUUCUGCGAUGAACUGGGAGCCCGUUCCGCCUCCCAUGAUUUGUACCCUCUCCUCUACCACGGCUUCCUCCUCGAGCUCCAUCCCUCCCACGCCAAUCGACGAGGACACAGUCAUGGUCGAUGUGUUCGAUGUGGACUUCAGCGCUAGUGUCGACGUUCUCCCCUUCGCAGAGGACAAGCAUGCGAAGCCCGAGGACUCCACACUUCUUCCCUCGCGCCCUAUGAAGCCCCUGCCAGUUCGUCGUCGCCCUCGUGCGCCUGUUGAGGUGCCAAUGCCUCCGGCCGCUUCUACUGAUGACGAGGCUGGCACCCUGAUCGCAUCGGACUCGGAACUCGAGCGCCAGCUCUGGGCGGACAUGAACGACAUUCUAGGGCAUGAGGAUGAGCCUGCUAGGUUCUGCUUUCCUCCGGAGGGGAUCCCCGCCGUUGCAUUCCUCCCCGCUUCGGUUCCUCCGCCUGUCGUCGCCGUCGUAGGGAGGUCCUUCCCUGCGUUCUCCGCCAAUGACGCCGACUCGGACUCCGAUGAGUCCCUGCUGGAAGCGUUCCAUCCGGCGGCGAAGACAGUCCCGGAGGUCGUCGUCACGCCAGCGACGCCGGCGGUCGUCUCCCGAGCAGACUUCAAGGAGGCAGGGACGCAGCGCUCUGUGGUUGCGCCUGCUCGGUCGAUGGACGAUCUGUGGGAGGAGUUUUUCGGCCCGGAGGUGGACGUGUAGUGAAUGAG